UAACACACGCACACGCACACACACGCGCACACGCACACACACACACACACAAGCACACGCACACACACACAUCUGCAACUUGCAGACAUUUCGAGCGUCAUCGCGGUCCUGUGCGGAGAGACGUUUUGGUGCAGGGGACCCAGAGGAUACUUCUGCUGCUGCAUGCAUUUGCGCACAGAAGCGCGCGUUGGUUGGAUCCGAGCUGCAGUCCACUUCCCACCAGCUGCAUUGCCUCACAACUGAGAAAGAGAGAGAGAGAGAGAGAGAGAGAGAGAGAGAGAGAGAACGUGUCUGUUAUGAAAACUGUGCGCCGGCUGCUUUUCCUCCUGAACUCUUUCGUGGACCCACAGGCUUAAAAUCGACACGCGCGGCGGGGUUUCGUUAGUUUUGUUCAUGCGUAAACCUGUUCCGACCACGGACACCAUCACUCCACAACUACAAUGAGGCAGCGUGGGGCGCCGAGCAGAGGAGAUGCUGCCCGCGGGCUGUAGAAGUGGCGGACAGUGACUUCCAGCGGACGAGUGGAUGCCGCCUCUGAUGUGGAGCUGGUCGCUGUCCGGAGCGCGCGUGGUGCUGAAAUUUGGAUGAUGCCUGACCAGCGGGCGCAGGGCUGCCGCUCCCUGCACCUCAACGAGGACAACGGCCGCUUCGUGCUGCUCGCCCUCCUCAUCGUGCUCUACCUGCUGUGCGGCGCCGCGGUCUUCUCGGCCAUCGAGCGGCCCUCGGAGCAGAGGGCUCACGGCCGCUGGAACGGGACGCUGCUCAACUUCAGCGAGACCUUCAACGUCAGCCUGCGGGACCUCAGCUCCUUCCUGCGGGAGUACGAGGCCGCCAUCGCCGCGGGCAUCCGGGCCGACGCGCUGAGGCCACGAUGGGAUUUUACUGGGGCUUUUUAUUUUGUUGGAACUGUGGUGUCGACUAUAGGUUUCGGGAUGACAACGCCGGUGACAGUUGCGGGCAAGGUGUUCCUGAUCUUUUACGGUCUCCUGGGCUGUGCGGCCACCAUCCUCUUCUUCAACCUCUUCCUGGAGCGCAUCAUCACACUGCUGGCCGUGGCGAUGAAGGCGGUGAGGGAGCGGAGAAUCAGGAACAGUGGUCUUCUGCCGCCAGGCAUCCGCCAUGACUUCUCAGCCUACUCCCUCCCUGGCUGGAAGCCCUCCGUGUACCAUGUGAUGCUGAUUCUCGGCCUGUCGGCCAUCACCAUCUCCUGCUGUGCGUCCGCCAUGUACACGCCUGUGGAGGGCUGGGCGUACUUGGACUCGCUCUACUUCUGCUUCGUCACCUUCAGCACCAUCGGCUUCGGGGACUAUGUCAGCAGCCAGAGUGCGGCCUAUGAGUACCAAAGCCUCUACAGGGUGGCCAACUUCUUCUUCAUGCUGAUGGGUGUGUGCUGCAUCUACUCACUCUUCAACGUCAUCUCUAUUGUCAUCAAGCAGGUGCUCAACUGGAUCCUGGAGAAAAUGAGCUGCCUGUUUUGCCAGCGCUGCAACAAGGCCAACGCCUUGCUGGGCAGACGCAACGCCAUCCGACCGGGCUCCAAGGGUCGCCAGGCUCGCUUCGGCCAGCCGUCUGACUCCGAGGAGCCUUGUGAUAGUGACACUGAGGGACGCAGACUAUCGGGGGAGAUGAUCUCGAUGAAGGACCUGGCAGCCUCCAACAAGGUGUCGCUGGCUUUAAUGCAGAAGCAGCUGUCUGAGUCAGCCAAUGGAUAUCCCCGGACGGUGUGUGGCAGCUCACGCCAUAAUGGCUUCUCCGGGGGGGUCGGCGCCCUCGGCAUCAUGAACAACAGGCUGGCAGAGACGAGUAACUCCAGGUAGACGACUGAGUGAGGCAGGAAAACAAAGUGUGGGAGCUCUUAGUGUCAUAUACUGUGUAACACACCACGAGGCUGAGCUCCACACGAAAAAAAUGCAAGGCUUUUGAAACGGAUCACCGGUGGAACUUUUUAUGCAUGAUAUGAUUUUGUAUUUUUUUUGAUUUGGAUACUUUUGGAAUUACAAGCCUGAGGUGAUAAUACAGGUAAUGGGGGUGAUGGUUUUGGUGACGAUGGCAUGAAGAGAGAACCACAGAAUCAACGAAAAACACCAAGUUGACUGGGAAGCACGGGGACCGACCGUCUGCCACUUCAUCGACCUCCAACCCAACCAAGAACAAACCACUGAGUAUCUCUAAAAUACCAGUCUGUUAUGAUCAAUACAUCAGACGUAUGUGACUGAAAUGUUCUGCUGUCAAGGAGCCAAGGGAAAUAUGUAGUGUUAUCUUUAUUGUUUGGUGAGUUUGCCAGUUUGUUUGAAUGUACAUAUUUAAUACUGACAUGAACAUGACAAGUAAUCACUGAACGAUUUAGCACAUACUGAUCUAUGCAUUAUAUUUCCCAUGCAUUUUUUGCACCAUUUCUACACCUACAUCUGUAUUGAUUGUGCAAUGGCCAUUCUUUCUUGACACGGGUCAAGGUUUACCCUCAGGUGAUUCCUUUCAUUUCUGGGGAAGGGAGUGUGGAAAGAGGCGUUUCUAAGCGUGGCAGUGAUGUAGAUGAUUUGGUCAGGGCUGUCGCGAGGGGAGGUUUUAAAGAGAUUAAGGGACUAGAAAGAGUCGUUUGCCACUGCUCGAGAUGGAGAAAAGAGCGGAGCUGAAGAAUGAAAAUCCGUUUCUCCUGAGAGGGGAACUGGCCUCCUUAUCAGCUCCAAACAUGCUCUGGCGGCCCUAGACUUUGACUUGAAGGGUAAGAGAAGGCAGCUCCCAAACUGUUUUUCAAGCUCACAGAUAUCUGCCAGGAAAACAAAGGAUAAAGGCGUGCAAUGUAUUAAUUACUCUUUGAGUGAAAAAUGUAGACCUAUGUAUUUGCGAAGGAAAAUAAAUGAAAAGUGAGUUUAUUUUAGUUUGAAGUGAAACAUGAGGGGAAGGGAGGAGAAGGAGGCAAAAAUAUGGAUGGCUUCAUCCCGUAGGCGCAUUAUGUUAAAUGAUGCAGAUCGAGCGUAGCCGGGUCAAUCUCAGUUGCUCGUUGGGAACGCGAAACCCCUGAAGGAUUCCCCUAACUUGCAUUGAUUUAUCUUUCGUGGAACUUUUUCGGAUUUCAUUGAGGGAGACUUUGCAGAUACUUUGCUCUCUCUGUAAAAACCAAGCAUGAUCCAAAAGCCUGCAGAGGCUGAUUUACCUCUUGGUGUCAGCGUAAACGUGUAGCUGAGAUUGAAUGGAUUGUGAGGGUUUUUUCGGACGAUGCGGUGCUUGACUGUCAGGCUUCGUUUUCCAUGUCGGACUUGUGCUAUCUCUUCCAAGACAUCAGUGAUGGUGUUUAAUAUUUGUAAACAGCAAAACAGAGGGGGAGAUUGAUAGUUAAAGGUCAGGGAGACGGCGACAACUUGGACGGGAUCAAAUCCAAAUUCACACCCGAUGCAUCGGCCUCUCAAAUGAAAUUUUCCUGGCAUCUGUCUUCAUCGUCUAAUAUCCUUGCAGGAUGCUCACUUAGUCUUUUCCCUGUUAUCUCUGCAUUCACUUCACACACACUGCACCAAAACCCUCCUGCUUCCCUUUUUCUUGCAGAUCCCGGCUCUCUCCUCACGCUCAUCACCAUGACACUGUGAAUACGAGACAUGUCAUGAAUGUGUAUAUAUAUAUUUAAAAAACUGGAACAUCUUAAAAAGCACUCUUACACUAAGGCAUGACAUGGAUCUGUCCUUUGUUGUAUUUCAUCAUUUCAGAGCGUAGAGAGCUGAAUAAUCUCCUUUACUCCCCAGUCUCACCAAGAAUAGAGAAAAUGACUCAGGUAGUUAAAUCUUCAGGCUUGUCUUAGUUUUUUCCUGCAUGCCAUUAUGGUAAAGCCAUACAAGUUAGAUGUAUAUAAAACAGAGGACUCUUUAAAGUCUAUUUUUCUACUUCCAGUAUAGCUUUCAAAUAUCUACGUGUGGAUGACUGGAGGGAGUCGUGUUUCACCGUCGGUCAACGGGCUGAUCAGAAGCAGCAUUCAGAACUCACCUACCCUCUUAACAUAUAAUUAAGUUUACCAACACAGGUUUCUUCCAAGUGUUAAAGAUUCAUUUGAGAAUUUUGUGAGUUAGAUGAGAAAAAAUUGCAGUAACUAUGAAGGUAAAGAUUAGCAUUGAACCCUCUUUGUAUUCAAAGCUAAGCCGACCAGCUGACGGCUGUAGCUUCGUAAUAACCAAUACACAUAAUUCCGAAAGAUUUUCAUUUUGUUCGUCAACAUUUCCCAGUAGAAAGGCUCGUGAACGGCGCAGUGAGCAUAUGUUGGUGAUGCGGAGCUUGCAGUGCCGGGGGGGCUUCGAGUGUUGCCACGCUGUUAACUGUGUCAUUGCAGACGCGGAAAAGUGUCGGGCCCUGUGACAUUAAUGCAGGAGUAUGGCCAUGCUGUAGCAAAUGGCAUACUGCUGUUUCCCUGCUGCAAUGUGUCACAAACGGGGGAGGACGUUUUGCUGACGUGUCUCUGGGAUAAUGAUUCAUGACUGAUGUUAUACAGUAUGUGAACCAUUUCCCCUCUGAGGCUUUACGGACGCAGUGGGAGAGGUUUAAGGAUUGCUAAGGGAUUUUUUUACCAGCUCUGUGGCCGUCUGCCUUGUGCAUCCCCACAACCUUGCUUUCGACAAAGAGCAUGUGUGUGUCCGUUUGUGUGUCCAACCCAGUGUGUAAAAGAAUGAACAUGAAAAUGAAUGGACUGUGAAUGGUAUUCGAAAUGCUUCCCUAAACAUAUAACCCCACCACCGUGAAAGGUAUUUUACUCAACAUUAAUAUCCAUUAGGACACAUUUUCCUUAAGACUGAAACACAUCAAGCUUUGAAGACAUUGAAUAUGAGUAUUUCAUGUUUGCUCACCUAACAUGCAUGCGUGUCUUGAAAUCAAUUGCCUUACUUUAGUCCUUGCAUAUAACAAAAAAGGUUCCCUGUUGAAAAAGAUCUCAGUGUUUAGAGCUUGUGUGUUGUACCUUCCAAUCCUUUUGCAUUUUGCAAAAUUGAUCUCCAUUGAUUGCAAUGGUUUUAACUGCACUGCUGUCCCCUGCGUCUUCUGUAAGAGGAGGCAGGUGGUCUUUACUGUACGUUUGUUAUCAGCAGCAAAUGCCUCCAUAACGUGAUAUCGCUGAUUCAUAUUUUUAAGUGUAAGUAAUUCUCUCAUGUUCUCGUUGAACACGAAAAUUAGAUUGAUGUGAUGCAAAAUUUCAAGGUCCUCACUAUUUGUACAUAACUUGGGUGAACAUAGCAGACCUGGAUCCCGGGCGCGAUGAGAUUCGGAGAGAGUGAAGUUGUCAGCGUUAAUUUAGUCUUUAAUUCUUAAAAAUCAGCACUGCCAGUGUGUUUCUCCUAGUCGGCACAUUGUUCUGUAUUCACACUGGAAAAUUUGAUCUGUAGUCAACCGCACGGUGACUGUGCAAUAGCUCCGUUAAAGUGACAUGCUCCAUAACUGUUACAUGUCCCAUAAUAAAACUAUUUGUUUGAAAAAGGCA